GCCCCUUGAGGUCCAGGCGGCUCCAGCACUCGGACCUCCAGUGUUAGAUCAAGGACAGAGCGAAUCGUACGGGAAGCGGCAAAGCUGUGUGUCCCGGACUGGCCCAGUGAUACCCUCGGGGAAAGCAACCCCAGGAGGCCGAGCCUGUAACACGCGGCGGGGGAUCGGAGCGCUGAUGGUUUUCCUGUCGCUGUCCCGCUGGAUCCGGAGCCGAGGACCCGACCGUUACUGGCGGGUCCGGGAGGUGCUGCAACACGCACGGCACUUCCGAGGCAGGAAGAACCGAUGCUACAGCCUGGCUGUGCGGGCCGUGCGGAGAGCCUUCCUCUACUCCACCAAGGCUAAGAAACUCAAGAAGCGGAACAUGAGAAUGCUUUGGAUAAGCAGGAUUGCAGCUGCCUCCCGUGAGCAUGGACUGAAAUAUCCUGUGUUGAUCAGUAACCUGAUCAAGUGUCAGGUGGAGCUGAACAGGAAAGUUCUUGCAGAUUUGGCCAUAUAUGAACCGAAGACGUUCAAGUCCCUGGCGGCACUAGCUAAGCGAAGGAGAGAAGAGGGCUUCAGCGAUGCUCUGGGUGAUGGUAGAGAGCCAGCUGGUGUGUUUUCACGCAUUGUGCAUUCGGGAUGAAGAUGAACAGUUGAUGCGAAUACCAACUGAAUUUGCUGCCAUGUUAACAAAAUGUUUACAACAGACUUUUUUUUUGUCCCAAGUCAAAAGAUUUUGGCAGCCCUCUGUGUAGAUGCUUUGACAAGACUUUCUGACCACUGCGUGGGCUUGAUUCUGAUAAUUGUGUGCAAAGUUCUUCUAAUAAAGUUUUUAUAGUGAAGUGCAA